AUGGCUCCGAUUCGCCGUGUUGCCACUAUUCAGUGGCAUAUCAAGGACCUGGCCAUCGAGGAGAACCAUGAAGCAGCAUGCAAAUAUAUCCGCCAAGCCGCUGCCGACGGCGCAGAACUAGCUGUUCUCCCCGAAUACCACUUGAGCGGCUGGGUCCCCAAUGACCCCCGCUGGGCUGAACAAGCCGGCGAAGCCGCAAAAUACCGGGCCAACUACCAAUCUCUAGCCAAGGAGCUGAAGAUCUGCAUUGUUCCAGGAACAAUCAUCGAGAAGCACGUCGGACCUGAUGAGGAUACUCUCUUCUACAACACGGCAUACUUCAUCUCCAACGAUGGUACUAUCCUGGGCUCCUAUCGCAAGAAGAAUAUCUGGCAUCCUGAGAGACCACACUUGACUUCAUCCGGUGAAGAGCGCCACGAGGCAAUCGACACACCGAUUGGCCGGGUUGGAAUGUUGAUCUGCUGGGAUUUGGCAUUCCCCGAGGCGUUCCGCGAGUUGAUUGCCGAUGGAGCGGAUAUCGUGAUCAUACCUACCUUCUGGACACCACACGAUGCCUCCCCAGAAGCUCUCCACCACAAUCCCGACUCAGAAGCCCUCUUCCUUGCAUCAACCAUCACAUCCCGUUGUUUCGAAAAUACCUGCGGUAUCAUCUUCGUCAAUGCCACCGGUCCGAAGGAGAACUUCCUCGGUAUGUCGCAAGUUGCACUUCCAAUUGUGGGACCUGUGGCGAAGAUGGGUACCGAGGAGGGGGUUUGUGUUGUGAAUAUGGACCUGGGCCUGCUAGAUAUUGCGGAGAAGAAUUAUAAGGUUAGGCAGGAUAUUGGGAAGGAGGGUUGGCAUUAUCUUUAUCGGCAUUCGUCUUUGCAGUGA